ACCCGACGUAUUUAUGGAAAUCGAAAGUAGACUGGGCUUGAAAGUCAGUUUAUGGGCUAGGAUGUCAACCUUAAAAAAAGUGGGAUUACUAUACGUAGCAAAUAGAACUUGCUCUGAGUUGGCCAACGAAAUACUUGGACACCUGGGCAAAGAUAAUGUCAUCUCUUAUGGGAUUAAGGAGAAAAACGCGACAGCAGAUAAACUUACUCAUACCGGCGGACGUAUUAAAAACCACAUUCGCAAAGCAGAUUCCUUUAUAGUAAUUGUCGAUGAUGUCCACUGGGAUACUUUCUGGAAUGAAAAAACAAACAAAAUUCCUAACAAACUUGAAGAACUGUUAGAUGAUGAUGAUGAUGAUGAUGAUGAUGAUGACGAAGAUGAUGGUGAAAGUUCUGAUACUGCAAGUAAAAACCACAAAUUCAUUAUGGUUGUUGGUAUUAACACUGACAAAAAAGACAAAAUUACAAAAAAAGAAUUCAAUGAAUACCUUGGUAGUCAAAGUAUAUCAUCAAAAGUCGGUCAUAUGCUGAAGUCACUAGAAGACCACACACCUAACACAGUUAACAGAUUAGCCACAGAAAUUGUUGAGAAGUUUACCAAGCAACUACGUACUGAAAAACCUGGUCAUGACACAAAGGAUACUGGUACACCAAUCUCCACACCGGUGCAGAGUCCAGUAAUUAGCACUAACCCAAACUGGCCACUUCAUGGGCGUACAGAAGAUUUGAAACUCAACGCAGCAACUGAUAGCCACUCAGAACAUUCCAAAGUUGACGUAGGGAAUACAUCUGAUACCUCAGAGACAGAUCUAAAGCUAGGAUGGCGUAAAUCAAGGAAACGAAAGUGGAGCACCUCGUGUAUAUCAACAGGUUCCACCGUUCCUGUCACAUCAAGUAAAUACAAAGGCCUACAGGAUAAGAAGCCUGGUGUCUGUCUGUAUAUUGUUGAACUUGAAUUUGAGCCAGAGGAUGAAAAUUUUCAAGCGGAGAACAGACAUUCUUCAUUUCCAGAGUUUAAAAAAAUGAAAGGUGCUUUUGAGGGACUAGGUUGUUAUGUUAAAAAAUUGACUAACCCAACGAAACAAGCAGCUGAACAAUUUUUGAAUGAAGCAAAAAAAUGGUGUGAUAAUCUGAAGCCUGGUUUUUUUGUGCUGAUAAUAAGUACACAUGGACAAGAAGUACCAGUAAUCACAAAAGAAAACAGUUCUGAUCAGGAAAAAUCAUCAGAGGGCACAAAUAAAACAAGAUUCAAGAAAGAAAUGGUGCAUCAACUGUUCUUCCACGAUGGACAUACUCUGUCGACCAAGGAAAUCAUUCAGAUCUUUGAACCCCUUAGCUGCCCCUGCACAUUUUUCAUUCAGGCAUGCAGGAGUCGGUUUGGGAUUAUAAAUCAUGUCAAUUAUGAUAAAGGAGUGGCUGUUUUACUCAAAUCGAACUCCGGAAAUAUGCCAGAAGAGAGCCAACCAGAAACAGAUUCUGAAGAUGCUUUAAAGGAUAUUCCACUCACAGACACUGUAGAUGCCAGGCCGAGUAAUACCAAGCUUUCAAAUGAAGAUGAAGAAAAAAGAAUUCGUGACAUCACAGCUUCAUACAAAAUGACAGAAUUUCAGAAGUAUAUGACAUGGCUUAAAAGCAAUGAUGCUACAUCAACGGCCUCUAAAGAUGAUUCUAAAGAGGUCCAACAACUAAGGGAAGCAUUGAAAUGUGACGUCUUCAAACCCCAAGAAACUGAGGAAAUAAUGGUUUUGUGUAAAGGAUAUGAAAAGUACACCUUGGAUUUCUUUUACCCAGAGCCUACAAUAAGUGAUCCUGCACCAUGCACUAAUGAUUCACUCGUCAUGUUUGCUUCUGCACCAGGAAAAGAGGCUUACAACAGAGAAAGGCAAGGAGGAUGGCUGAUCACAAACCUAGAGGCACAGAUAAAGGAAACGUUGAACCAAAAACCAGAGAAGGUUGACCUACUGGCAGAGUUGAUAAAGGUGUCAGGCAGAAUUGCAUUCAACUAUGAGACCGAGACAAGCAGACAGACGGACAGUGGCCAUAAGUCGGUGCCUUGUCUGUAUCAUAGACUCAGUGAAGACAUCAUAAUCUGGCCAGAGGAGAUGAAGAAGGCAAAACAGUUAGCUGAAAAAGAGGGCUCCGAUUGGAAGGAAUUUUCCAAUUGGGAUCCUAACACGGAUCCUAACAAGGAUGAACAGGCGAGGAUAAGAGUCAAAGAUGAAGUGUGAGGUAACAGAAUCAAAAUGGACAAUUAGUUUGAUCCUUUGAUAUUGUUUUAUAUAUUGACGAAUUAUUAGUGAUUUAUAAAACGUAUAUACAUCACAGCAACUUUUAGCAAUAAAUGGAGCUUAUUUGAUUAUAUAAGCAUGUCUUUUUCGCAGCAUGUUUUAUGAUGAAACUUUAAUCAAACUGACUGUUUUUGACUUGAUAUUUACAUACAGAUCCUAUUUUAUGUUCUACCUUUUUUUCCUAACUUUUAAUAUCGUGUAUCCUGUUUUAUCCUGCUUGAACAUGCCGUUGCACUUAUGUUUAUUCAAUCAUUUAAAAGAAUUGAAUUAUAAUGGUUUGUGGUUUGAAAAAAAUAAACAUAUAAACGAUUUCAAUCAUUUUAGAGCAAAAAAAAUUACAUUAAUCAUAUAUGAAAACUUUUAAUGUACUCAUCUGAUUGCUCAAAUAAACAUAUCAAUAUGUAAUGAUUUUAAUUUAUAUUACUCUUGAUGAAUGACAUUAAUGCAUAUGGCUAAUAACCAAUCAUUAGCCUAAAUAGCAUAUGGAAGUUACUGGUUGUUACAAUAAGCAUUUUGUAAUAGACUAUUUAUUUGGCUUCAGAAUCUCAAAACAUAAAUGCUAUCGCGUUGACUGGUACAUUCCAUAUCCAUAUAUCCAUAUUUUUCAACUGCAUUUUGUGCGAAAGUUUUAAAACAUUAGUUAUAAUUGCUUAUUAUAUUGUAGUUCUAUAUACUGUGAUAACAAAAAGUGUUUACUGUUGCAAACUAACACAUAAUAUAUAUAUAUAUGUAGACACUGUGAUCUGUAAUUUUACUAAUUAAGUAUACAUAUUUUGUCUGAUAGUUUUUACUUAGAGAAAAGCAACUUGAUUUUGAAAAAAUCUAACUUUUUCAUUUAUGAACUGUGCAUGUGGCAAUUUGUUCAUUCCAACUUAAAAACAUUAUUGCCCAAUCCAUAAAUCCAAGGAUAACCAAAGAUUUCUACAGAAACUGUACCAUUUCUUGUUUGAAUUUUUUAGCUAUGAUCUUAUGUUUUUAAUGUGUCAGUUCUUUAAUUUUGAUUUUCUGUACUACAGAGCAAAACAAGACAUUACCUACAUUAUUGGUUUUUGAAUUAUUUUUACAUUUUUAUCUCUCAAGGAUGUUUUUAACUUCUUUAUAUAGAUUACAUUUUUGAUUUUCUUGCUGUCUUUCUUUCAUAGGAUGUUAAGUGAUAUGAACAACUGUAUUGUAUCAUUAAAAUUCAUUAAAGAAGUGUUUUUUUCUUAUUAUAAGUGGAAACAUUGUUUUUCUGAUGAUGAGGAGUUCUAGGUACACGUCUGUUUUACAAUGUUUAAAAUUAUAGCAUGUCGUUUUGCAAAGCAGCUUAUGUUCAUAAGCCAUUCGACAAACUUUCUAAACACUCUAACAAGAGGUCCAUUGAUUGGUUGGAGUCUUUUUCUGUUUGUUUCUGAUAAGUUAUAUAUUUUGAAUUAUAUUCCGAAUUCUACAGUGAAACAUUGAAA